UAGAUAAUUCAAGUCAGAUUUGCAACGGAAGAGCGAGAAAGGAAAAUGAGAAACUCACCCGUUUCAAAGCAUAGCGAAGAACUAGGGAAUUGCAGAGACAACCGUCUCCUCUCUCGAAUGAAGAUGUCUCUCACACAGCACAGGAACUAUUCGCGAUGAACAGAAUAGCAUACAGCCUCUGUUUUCCCCCUCUCCAUUCUUAGACUGUUCUAUAUGAAUUGGGGAAAGCCAACGAGAUGACAAGCUCUGUCUUCUUCACUGCACUCUCUCAACCCAAAUAUCACUCUGCGCUCUUGAAACCAUACUACCCACUCCCCAAAGGUGUUUUUAUCCAUUCUUUCCCUUUGUCCUCUUCUCUCCCCAGUCCUCUUCCUCCUCGCCUCCCCUCUCUCAAGCUCUCAAGUCCCUCUUCUGCUUCUAAUUCUGCCUCCGACGAAGUAGCCUACGACUUCUCCCCUGUUAUGAAAGUCUACAGAGACGGCCGUAUACAGAGACUAGCCGGCGUAGAUGUUGUUCCUCCCGGCAUCGACCCCGAAACCGAUGUCGAAUCCAAAGAUGUCGUGAUUUCUGAACACGAAGCCAUAUCCGCCAGGAUUUUCCUUCCCAGAAUCGCGAAACCAGAUCAGAAAUUACCUCUUCUAGUUCACUUCCACGGCGGUGGAUUCUGCAUCGAAUCCGCAUUCUCCCCGGCUUACAAAAUCUUCCUCAACUCUGUUACUUCUCGGGCGAACGUCAUCUGCGUCUCAGUCAAUUACCGGAAUGCGCCAGAAUACCCUGUUCCGACCGGCCACGAAGAUUCCUGGACAGCCGUGAGAUGGGUCGCUUCCCAUUUCGGCGGCAACGGCCCCGACGAGUGGCUCAAUCGUCACGCGGAUUUGGGAAAGGUCGUCUUCAUCGGGGAUAGUACGGGUGCAAACAUCGCACACCACAUGGCGAUUCGGGUCGGUUUAGAAAAACCAUCGAACCUGAUGCUGGAAGCUUUAAUUUUGGUGCAGCCUUUUUUCUGGGGUGAGGAGCGAACAGAGUCAGAACGUAAUCAAGCCACGUAUGCGGCGAAGUUGGAUCGUCUAUGGAAGUUUCUCUGUCCGAGUGCUUUAGGGGGCGACGAUCCGUUGGUUAACCCGGAGAAGGAUCCGGAUUUGGGAAAGCUAGAUUGUAAGAGAGUACUAGUGUGUGUUGCAGAGGAAGAUUUAAUGCGGGAUAGAGGCUUGAAUUACAGAGAAUUGGUGGAGAAGAAUGGAUUUUCGGGAGAUAUGAACGUGUUGGAGACGAGAGGGGAAAACCACGCGUUCCACUUAUUCAAGCCUGGCUGCGAGAAUACUGUGGCUUUGCUUACUAGUAUUGCUUCCUACAUCAACCAGUUUCAGGAGAAAACAGAGAAAGCCUAUAUGAUUAACAAAAUCUUGAGAAAGCUCUUGAGCCCAAGUGAUUCUCAAUUUGUGGGCCUGACUGUCCACAAUCAAUGACAAAGGAUUCUAUUGGGCUCUUUUCUGCUUACCCAGUGUUCCCUACAGGUUACAUUGUUUGAAGGUUGCUUCAAUACUGAGGUUUCUGGAGAAUGUUUUUCUUUUGGUAAUAUAUAUGGAUUGGUGAUAUAUAUUUAAGUGAAUGCAUUCAGUUUUAUUUUUAAAAAUAAUAAAUUACAUUAUCUGUGA